UUCUGCCGCCAUCUUGAUUCCACGUUCCCUCCACAAAAUGCCCGGUGAAGCCACAGAAACCGUCCCUGCUAUAGAGCAGCAGUUGCUGCAGCCCCAGGCUGAGACAGGGUCUGGAACAGAAUCUGACAGUGAUGAGUCAGUACCAGAGCUUGAAGAACAGGAUUCCACCCAGGUAACCGCACAAGUCCAGUUGGUGGUAGCAGCUGAAAUUGAUGAAGAACCAGUCAGUAAAGCAAAACAGAGGCGGAGUGAAAAGAAAGCACGGAAGGCUAUGUUCAAACUGGGUCUUCAACAGGUUACAGGAGUUACUAGAGUCACUAUCCGGAAAUCUAAGAAUAUCCUCUUUGUCAUCACAAAACCAGAUGUCUACAAGCCCGCUUCGGAUACCUACAUGGUUUUUGGGGAAGCCAAGAUUGAAGAUUUAUCUCAGGAAGCACAACUAGCAGCUGCUGAGAAAUUCAAAGUUCAAGGUGAAGCUGUCUCAAACAUUCAAGAAAACACACAGACUCCAACUGUACAAGAGGGCAGUGAAGAGGAAGAGGUCGACGAAACAGGUGUAGAAAUUAAGGACAUAGAAUUGGUCAUGUCACAAGCAAAUGUGUGGGGAGCAAAGGCAGUCCGAGCCCUGAAGAACAGUAAUGAUAUUGUAAAUGCUAUUAUGGAAUUAACAAUGUAA